AUGGAUUCAACAAGAACAAUAUCGGAGUUAAAGUCGGCUUUCAUCCGGAUUCAGGUUCGAAUUCUCUCCGAAGGCCUCGAACUUCCCCAAGAUUGGCGUAACUUCGCGGUGGAGACUGAGGAGGGCGACCUUGGCGACAAGGUGAUUGAAGACGUACUGCACAAAGUGAAUGCGGCUGCGAAACAACAUAAUCGCGUCGUCUACUCCUCACAAGCAAUCCACCAUGUAGCCCACCAGAUCGCCACUCUCUACUGGUCCUCUAUCAGUCAAGAAGGCAGUUUACGUGCAGCCUUCAAAAAUGGCGUGGAAAAGACAACAGAUAUGUCCAGGCACAUAAAUAUUACCAACCUACCAUUGGAAAUCGAGUCUCAAGGUGCAGCCCACGAAGACUCUGCAAGAUACCAGCAGCUCCGGGGCCGGCUAGCAAGUCUGAACCAGCAACGUCAGCAACGACAACGGCGUUUGGAUCAAUUACGGCAUUUGGAGAGACUCAUAGAGCCAUUUAAAGAUCCGCAGAUGGACAUUCAGCCCAAUCUUGUCACACGAGACGGCGAGUUGAUCCAAGAAUUAGCGAAGAUGCGCAUGCUCGUGGCGCGAGUAGGGGGAAGGAUUGCACAGCAGAAGAGAAGCAAUAACAUUCAAGAGGACCAAGAGUACUUGCUGCCCGGGUCAGACCGGAGAUUGGAGGCCUUGCUGAACACAGAGGUAUGA